AGGAAGAAAAAAACAGAUGUUCACGGUGUGGUGGAGUUCGAAGACAUUUUAAAUAUUGAUACGCAUGUUACCCGACAUAUACAUACCAACUUUAUAAAUUGGUCAUCAGAUAACAUGCUUAUUGAUAGUAUAUUGCAAACAUCACAAUCUGAAUGCAAAACACCAGAAAACAUUGUCGAAUGGCAAAAGGGUGGAUUUGGAAGUAUAUAUUCAGCGACUUGGAUUGACGGAUGGAUUAUUGAUUGGAAUGAAGAUGACAGUAUUUUCGUAAGAAGUGGACCUAAAAAAGCAAUACAUCAUAUUAUGUUUUCGUUUCAAGGUUCUCGUGGUUUUCAAUGUUAUGGGAUAACCAAAUUUCCAGAAACAGGGAAUUUAUGCUGGUCAUAG